ACGACGCGCGCGGAGUAGCGAGUCGUAGAAAAGGGGACAGCAUCCACUGCACGGGAGCGAGAGACGCAAAUCAGCUGGUAUGUCAAAUAAUCAGCUGGUUGACUCCUGUCUACGCGUCCUACAGGAGAAAGCCCCCGACAUGCCGCAAUAUACCGGACAGGGCGACACGGAUUACCAUGGGAGUAACGGACAGGCGGACACCCACUCGUUGCACUCGUCUCAUCUGUCCGUCCAGGAGGAUCCGCUGCUUAUACGGACCCACAAGCAACAGACUUCUCAGCAAGUGACGACUGUGACGAAAGUCGUGCGCGAGGUUUCCCACAUGGAGCCGGAUUCGGGCGCGGUCAGUUACAUGUCGGUGCCGUUGAUGUCGCAGGACUAUCAGCACGCGGACCCCCGUUACCCCGCGGACCCGUACAUGGUCAGUUUCGACCAUUACGAUCCGUAUCUGGGCUAUCCGCCGCAACCGGGGUACCCGGGACCCCAUGGCAUCUACAUGCCGCGCUCGCAUUCCCCCCACAGCCCCCACAGCCCAUCGGAACACAGUCGUGCUUCUCCGCCACACGAGUACAUGCGCAAGGGUGCGCCCUACGUGGAGGGUAGCUAUAACGACAUCGACCCCGGUUUAAACCCCGCUUUGCAGGACCAUUAUCGCAUUACCCCGAGUCCAGGUGGUCCCGGAGAUCAGUACGAUGAGAGUAAAGUCGCCUACGGCUACGUGUCGCCGUCGCCAUAUGGACCCGUGGGUUACGGCCCGGCCGUGGGGGUCGGACCGGUGCCAAGUGACGUGCCUGGUUACGAAGAGGGUCACCCGGGGGUCCCCCUCACGUCAGCCGUGCCACCCGGCAUCUUCGAGGACGAGGUGCACCUGCAACGGUUGCAAUCGCGUCAUCCGGUGGUGCCUGGUAUGGCGAGUCCGCUCGACGACGACCAGAAGUCUAUGCGCUGGCGGGACCCGAAUCUGUCCGAGGUGAUCGGCUUCCUGAGCAACCCUAAUAACAUAAUCAAGGCGAACGCGGCCGCGUAUCUGCAGCACCUCUGCUACAUGGACGACCCGAACAAACAGAAGACGCGCAGCCUCGGCGGUAUACCGCCGCUCGUGCAGCUGCUAGAUCACGACAACCCGGACGUGUACAGGAAUGCGUGCGGGGCGUUGCGGAAUCUGUCGUACGGCCGGCAGAACGACGAGAACAAACGCGCGAUCAAGAACGCGGGCGGCGUGCCGGCCCUGAUCAACCUGCUGCGACGGACGUCCGACGCGGAUGUCAAGGAACUGGUCACGGGAGUGCUGUGGAAUCUGUCCUCGUGCGAAGACCUGAAGAGGUCGAUCAUCGAUGACGGCGUGACGAUGGUGGUAAACAACAUAAUAAUACCUCACAGUGGCUGGGACCCAAGCUCGUCGAGCGGCGAGACCUGCUGGUCCACCGUGUUCAGGAACGCAUCCGGCGUGCUGAGAAACGUGUCGAGUGCGGGCGAGUACGCGCGAAAAAAUCUGCGCGAGUGCGAAGGUCUCGUGGACGCGCUGCUCUACGUGGUACGUUCGGCGAUCGAGAAGUCUAACAUCGGUAACAAGAUCGUCGAGAAUUGCGUGUGCAUCUUGAGGAACCUGAGCUACCGUUGCCAAGAGGUGGAGGAUCCCAAUUACGACAAACACCCGAUCCAGUCUACGGUGCAGAACAGGGUCACUGCGCCCGCGAAAGCAUACAGUUUAUGUCAAGGUGAGAAUCUCGGUUGCUUCGGCGGGAGCAAAAAGAAGAAGGACGGUCAACCAGUUCAGAAGGAAACCACGGCGUCACGUACGACGAGUCCGCGAACCGAACCGGUCAGAGGAAUGGAAUUGCUCUGGCAGCCGGAAGUGGUCCAGUCGUAUCUCAGUCUCCUGCAAACGUGUUCAAAUCCGGAAACGCUGGAGGCUGCCGCCGGAGCCCUACAAAAUCUCGCGGCUUGUUACUGGCAGCCGAGCAUCGAGAUUCGCGCGGCCGUGCGCAAGGAAAAGGGUCUCCCUAUAUUAGUGGAACUAUUGAGAAUGGAGGUGGAUCGAGUAGUCUGCGCGGUCGCGACCGCACUUAGAAACUUGGCGAUAGACCAACGCAAUAAGGAGCUAAUAGGCAAGUACGCGAUGAGGGAUCUCAUUCAGAAGCUACCGUCUGGAAAUAAUCAGCAUGAUCAGGGCACGAGCGACGACACGAUCGCCGCGGUGCUCGCGACUCUAAACGAGGUCAUCAAGAAGAACGCCGAGUUUUCGCGGUCGUUGCUCGAUGCUGGCGGUGUCGACAGAUUGAUGAACAUCACUAGGCAACGCCAGAAAUAUACGCCGCGAGUUCUUAAAUUUGCAGGACAAGUACUAUUCACCAUGUGGCAACAUCAAGAGUUGCGAGAUGUAUACAAGAAGCACGGUUGGAAGGAGCAAGAUUUUGUCACGAAAACUGUCGCCGCUAGGAAUUCAGGGCCUAAUUCACCCAAUAACGCUAACAGUUACGAUUGCAGCACUCUGAAUCGACCGAUGGCAAGCCAAGGAAGCACAAGAUACGAGGAUCGAACGAUACAGCGAGCGAACAUGAAUUCGAAUAAUGUCGGUCGACCUACUAUAUAUCAAUCACAGCCGAAACCCGGUGAGCCGCUCUACGCGCAAGUUAACUUGGAGAAGAAAAAGAAGCGGCAGUACGAGCUGGGGGUGGGCCAGGGUGGACAGGUGGGUCAGGCCGGUGGCGGCGCCGUGAUACCCGGAGGCGGUGGCGGCAUAGCUGGACCGGGCGGUGGCGGUGGAGGCGGCCAGUGGGUGCCGGACGGCGUCGGGAUGGUACCGGAUGGCACCGGCGCCACGUCAGUAGCGGCGACGGUGGCGAACCAAGUGCCGCCGCCGAGCUCAACCGCCGCCGCCGCCGGAGACUCCUGGGUAUAACGGGUCCUACGAGCGGGUCCUACGCGGGACCACCGGGAGGACCUCGCCAGAAACCACGGCCGCGACGAGCAGCCGCCGCCUCCGUCUCCGAGCUUGUCCAUGUAGCGGAGGUACGAGAGGAUCGUGUCUUCGCAGUCCCUCCCCCCUGUCCUGGAAUGCGAAGUGACCCGGAGAAUCGAAUAAGAAAUUUUAGAUUUUGACUUAAAAUCUAGGACGCGGACUCUGUUUGAUCAGGAGACACAGAAUGGACAUCAGAUGUAAUUUUAUUCGCGUGUCCAAGGUCGCGAGAAAUCGCGAUGCCGCUUGCUGGACGAUACGGUCGAGUUAGCUGGACGUGAGCGAGGAUUUUUUGAGAAUAUAGCGAUGUAGAAAAUGAGAGGAAAGAAAUUUGGGGAAUCGUUGGUAUUCCGAGAAAAAAACGUAAGUAUUUGAGUGCGCAUUCGCGCUCGGAGCGUUGCCGAGAGCGAGAGAAUAUACGCGAAAAUAUUAUUAAAUAUUGCCGAUGCCCACUUCCGAAGGAAGGAGACGGAUGCAAUCGGAUAUUACGCUUUAUCGUUGAAAACAGACGUCCAUAUUAUGAUUAGAAAGAAUAUCGAGACAGAAAACGAGCAGGCGAUUAAUUAUGAGUUAAUCGGACAAAUCGGCAGCUGGAUAUGAGAUAGGCAGCUUUCAAGUUAGGAAAUGAGGACGAAGUGUACAUUGAUCUAUUUGAGAUAGGUUACGAAUGAAGAUGUAUAUAGAGUAGCAGCUGACGACGCUUUAAUGGACCGACAAUGAAAGCGGAUCGAUCAACAAGUAGACGAACGAGAAACGAUGGUACAUCGCGCCGCGAAAGAUCAUCUUCGUGCUUCGAUAAUCUCUCCUGUAACUCAUAAAUGAGGAUACACUACUAAUGCGACAAGUGGAUUGGAAGACAGUCUAUCCGAACGGAAGCUGAAGACCAGGUCAGAGAAUAAAGUCCGCUUGUCAGGAUAACACAUGAACGAUCGUCCUGCCUUAGUUUCGACGACGCAAGAAGACCCUUUCCCUAUAAUCUCCCGCAUCGUUUGCAUCCAGCGAGCGGUGCGUUAUAACGGCGCACACUUUAAAUAGCCGGGAAAGGAGAAAGGGAACGAGAUCAAAGGCGCACGCUUAAGAUAUAAUCGAAACAUCUUUAAUAUACUUCGAUUAAGUCAUACAUGAACUGCGAGAAGAGCUCCGGUUGGCCUUAAGGAAGCCGACCUUGACGCAUUUUUAUCGGAGUCCGAGAACCUCAUCGUCGGGAUAAUAAAAAUCGAGAGCGAGAAGGAGAGGCAGUGUACGAGUCGUGUCCACCAAAUAGAUCCGGCAAACGCGAGAACGCACUUGCAGAUGCACGCACUUGCAAUCUUGAUAUACGA